AAACGAACAAAAAAUAAUUUGUCGUCUUGAUAUUUGUGUUCUGUGGUCUUGAUCACACGAGGUUUUAGGUUAUGUUUUUUGUUUCGUUUAUGUUUUAAGUUUUUUAAUAAUCAUUAAAAAAUAUUCAAUUAUUAAGUAUUUGGUUAGAAUAGCCUAUAUUUGUUUCUUUACAACUCGUGUAUAUUACUGUGAAAGAUACCUGCUAUUCUUCAAUAUAUUUUUUAAGGAAUCUUUGAAUUUCUUAAUGAUGAGCAAUAUUCGUUUAGCUAAACGAAAGGAAGAGAGAAUUAAAACCCUAACGGGUCUCACUCAUGAAUGUGGGGUUUUUGGAGCAUUAGGCAAAAAAAAUUAUGAAGGAAAUGAUAAAUGUGAUAUAGCCCAAAUUGUGUACAUAGGUUUAGAAGCAUUGCAGCAUCGAGGUCAGGAAUCCGCAGGAUUAGUUACAAGUAUCGGUAACAAUGAUUUUCAUAUACACAAAGGUAUGGGCCUUGUAAAAGAUGUUUUCAAGAAGGAAGAAAUCCGUAAUUUAUCCGGACACAUUGGAAUUGGACAUACUAGAUAUUCCACCAGCGGACCAAGCACUAAUAUUCAUUCUCAACCAUUUGUUGUCCAUUCGAUGCAUGGAUCACUAGCUGUAGCUCACAAUGGCGAACUAGUCAAUUGUGCUAGUCUUAGGAAAAUGGUUCUAGAUAGAGGUGUAGGUCUCUCAACGCAUUCAGAUAGUGAGUUGAUUACUCAAGCUCUUUGCCUCAUUCCUCCCGAUGGAGAAGUUAAUGGACCAGAUUGGGUAGCUAGAAUACGACAUGUGAUGCAUUUGGCUCCUCUUAGCUAUUCUCUUGUUAUUAUGUUGAAAGACAGGAUCUAUGCUGUAAGGGAUCCAUAUGGUAACCGUCCUCUAUGUUUGGGUAAAAUUCUUUCACAGGAUGAUGAAGAGAACAAAUACCAUCCGGUCCUCAAUGGCUAUGUCCAUGACGAUGAUGAAUCAGAAGAUUGCGAUGGAUGGGUGGUUUCUUCUGAAUCGUGUGCCUUCUUGAAUCAUACCAGAUAUUUGAGGGACAUCCUUCCAGGAGAAAUUGUGGAAAUUACCCAGGAUGGUAUCAAAACUAUGGACAUCGUUCCUUUGCCUGUUGGAAAACCGUUAGCAUUCUGCAUUUUCGAAUAUGUUUAUUUUGCCAAACCGAACAGCAUUUUCGAAGGCCAGGAGGUGUAUGAAGUCAGAAUGGAAUGCGGAAAACAGUUAGCAAUAGAGUCACCGGUGGCUGCCGAUGUGGUUGGCUCUGUUCCAGAAUCAGGAAAUGCAGCUGCACAUGGCUAUUCUCAGCAGACCGGAAUUCCAUUCAGAGAACUUUUAGCUAAAAAUAAUUAUGUAGGAAGAACAUUUAUUCAGCCUUGUAACAAGAUGAGACAAGUAAAUGUUGCCUUAAAAUUCAGUGCAAUAUCCUCGAAUAUCAAAGGAAAAAGGAUAAUUCUCAUCGACGAUUCAAUUGUCAGAGGAAAUACCAUGAGUCCUAUAAUAAAGUUACUCAGGAGGGCAGGUGCAACAGAAGUUCACAUUCGUGUUGCUAGUCCUCCUAUUAAACAUCCUUGUUAUAUGGGAAUCAACAUACCAACCAGUGAUGAGCUGAUUGCUAAUAAACUGAAAUUACAUGAAAUUGCUAAAAAAGUUGAUGCAGAUAGUUUGGAAUACCUUAGUGUGGAAGGUCUUUUGUCAGCUGCUCAAAGAAAUAAUCCAAAUAAGAAAAAAGGUCAUUGCACUGCCUGUCUAACCGGAAUCUAUCCGGGUGGAGUUCCUGAAGAUUUGGAAUGGUAGAAGAUGCUAAUGGUAAAUCUCAAAGAUUAUGCUCUAUAUAAAUGAAAACUAAUCAUAUACAUAAAUUUCAUGAUGAAUCAGUAUUUUCAUAAUUAUAUUUAAUUUGAACUCAGUAUUAUGAAUCUUUUUUAUUAUUCUUGUUAAAUUUUUAUACUUUUCAGUAGAUAAAUCAAUGCAAACUAAUCAUAUACAUAAAUUUUAUGAGGAAUCAGUAUUUUCAUAAUUAUAUUUAAUUUGAACUCAGUAUUAUGAAUCUUUUUUAUUAUUGUUAAAUUUUUAUACUUUUCAGUAAAUAAAUCAAUGCAAUUUCGUUCUA